AAAGGGGCCCAGUUGGACAGCUUGCCAACUAUGGAAACUAGCUGAACUUCAGAUACAUGAACUGUCGAUAUCAGUAAAGGAAAUUAACAUGAUCAUAGUUGCAACAACAGCAUUGGUGAACGUGCAACCGGCGCCCUACACGUUCACGGAUCUUAAAUAGUGAUCAUAUGGGUUAGCCCUUGGAUCAUGACACGAGUCAUUGGACGAAGGCGCCUUCUGUAGGAAGGAGUUUUGCUGAUACCAGAUGUCAAUCACCUGAAGCGCAGAUUCAUGUAAACACGUGCAUGAGCUCGGCAAAUAUGCGUGCGUCUUCUAGUCUUGACCCUUUGCCAAUGCAGGGACCUGAGUUGGGGGUUCAUGCGGAUGACAUCGAGACACCAGAAAUGGAGCAGGAAUCAAAACAAGAGGUUCUUGAAAACAAAGAUGUCAUAGUCCAGCAUGUUCACAUAGAUGGUCUGGGAAGAACCAAGGAGGAUUGUUUAACAUACGAGAUUGCUGGUGUCUUCAGAGCAAAGAACUUGAUUGACGUCAUGAAGAGAGCCCACGAAGCCAGACAGAAGCUCCUCCGUCUUGGUAUCUUCAGACAGGUGGAGGUUGUCAUUGAUACCUCACAAGGGGUGGAUGCGCUGCCUAACGGACUAGAUGUGACGUUUGAAGUGACUGAGCUGAGACGUAUGACUGGUAGUUAUAACACCAUGGUUGGAAAUAACGAAGGCAGCAUGGUUCUUGGUCUGAAGCUGCCCAAUGUUUUCGGUCGUGCGGAAAAGCUUACAUUCCAGUUCUCCUACGGCACCAAAGAAACUUCCUAUGGGCUGUCUUUCUUCAAGCCUCAACCUGGUCACUUUGAGCGCAAUUUCGCUGUUAACUUUUACAAAGUCACAGGCCAGUUUCCAUGGAGCUCGCUGAGAGAGACUGAUCGUGGCGUCUCCACAGAAUUCAGUUUCCCUCUUUGGAAGACGAACCACACCCUGAAGUGGGAGGGUGUGUGGCGAGAGCUGGGAUGUCUGGCACGUACCGCCUCGUUCGCAGUCCGGGAGGAGAGCGGCCACUCCCUCAAGUCAUCACUCUCGCAUGCCAUGGUCAUCGACACCAGAAACUCCCCAAUCCUUCCCAGGAGGGGAGCCUUGCUGAAAAUCAACCAGGAGUUGGCUGGCUACACUGGAGGAGAUGCCAGUUUUCUGAAAGAGGACUUUGAGCUCCAAUUUAACAAACGUCUUUUCUGGGACUCGGUCCUGUCUGCAUCUCUCUGGGGCGGAUGCCUCCUGCCCAUUGGAGAUAAGCCAACUUGCAUUGCUGACAGGUUCUAUCUCGGCGGUCCUACUAGCGUCAGAGGAUUCAGUAUGUACAGCAUCGGCCCACAGAGUGAAGGUGACUACCUGGGAGGUGAGGUGUAUUGGGCUGGAGCCGUCCACCUGUAUACUCCACUGCCCUUCCGUCCAGGCAAAGGGGGAUUCGGAGACCUCUUCAGGACCCACUUCUUCCUCAAUGCUGGGAACCUGUGUAACCUCAACUAUGGUGACGGGCCUCGAGCACACCUGAGUAAGCUGGCAGAGUGUAUCCGCUGGUCCUAUGGAGCGGGAAUCGUGCUGCGACUCGGAAACAUCGCCCGGCUGGAGCUCAACUACUGCAUUCCCAUGGGCGUCCAGAGUGGAGACAGGAUAUGCGACGGGGUCCAGUUUGGAGCUGGAAUCCGAUUUCUGUGAUGUCGUCCUGUUGUCUUGCUACAUUGAAUUGUGGAACACAGGAGUUUGUUUCGUUGGUUUUAGGAAGUGGGAGGUGAUCUAUAGGGGUCACUUUCAACACAGCGAAGGUUGCUGGGAAUUAAAUGUCUACUACAACCAAGCUAUUGUAAGUAAAAUGGACAAGGGCAUCAAUGGGGAUUUUCCUCCAGUACUAAAGAAUGAUGAGAGCCUCCAGUGCUCAAGAUGUUAAAACUAGAGGCCUUCACGGGUUCAAAAAGUUGUACCUGUUCCGAAAUGGACCUGGGGCUUUCCCGUCCGGACCCAAUAUGCCUACAUUUAUUUGUUAAAUAUAGAGACCCGUUCCGAAUGGACACGAGGACAACUAGACCCAUUCUGCGUAGACCUGGUCGGAUCCAGUCCGGAUACGAGUGAGGGAAUUCACAUUAUAAAGUCAAUUUUUAAGCGACCGGAGGUGAUAAAGCGAGGGAGAGGUAGAGCUCUAGCAGGACGUGUCAGCUAGUGACACGGGGAGCAGGGAAGAGGGAGGGAGAGGUAGAGCUCUAGCAGGACGUGUCAGCUAGUGACACGGGGAGCAGGGACGAGGGAGGGAGAGCUCUAGCAGGACGUGUCAGCUAGUGACACGGGGAGCAGGGAAGAGGGAGGGAGAGGUAGAGCUCUAGCAGGACAUGUCAGCUAGUGACACAGGGAGCAGGGAGGGAGAGACGAGAAACGGCAACCGACUAAGCCGACUCGCGCUAUGGUAGAGUGAAUGGCAGCCUAGCUAGCUGUGUUAUUCUCGUCCUACACAGUUAGAAACAACUUCAUUCAGAAUAUUAAGUAGCAGCCUACCUGUUGGCUCUUGGUCUUUGUAGCCUAUCCCUCUCCUUUAACUUCCGUAAUUUUUAAUUCAAUAUUCCAUUGAUAUUUCCUAACUUUUGCCACACAUGGAGGCUCUAUGACUAUAGCCCAGCGUUUUCCAAACUCAGUCCCAGGGACCCUAAGCAGUACACGUUUUGUUUGUUUGAUUUAGCACUACACAGCUGAUUCAAAUAAUCAAAGUUUUUAAUGAUGAGUUGAUUAUUUGAAUCAGCUGUGUAGUGCUAAAUCAAACAAACAAAACGUGUACUGCUUAGGGUCCCUGGGACUGAGUUUGGAAAACACUGUUCUAGCCUAUUGCUGCUUUGAUGACUUAUGAUUGGCCAACAACAAGCUAGACAUGCCACUCUUGUGAAACGAGGAGCAGCUUAAAUGAUAUGAUUUCUCUCUCUCUGUACUGCAGCAGAUCUGUACAGGUACUUCCGGACAAGUCGGUUUUGGUAUUUGGUAUUUUAUUAGGAUCCCCAUUAGCUGUUGCAAAAGCAGCAGUUACUCUUCCUGGGGUCCACAAAAAAACAUGAAACAUUAUACAGAACAUUAAUAGAUGAGAACGGCUCAAGGACAGAAUUACAUACAUCUUUUUUUUUUUAAAGGCACACGUAGCCUACAUAUCAAUGCAUACACACAAACUAUCUAGGUCCAAUAGGAGAGAGAGGGCGUGCCGGGUUGCUUUAUCUGUUUUUUGAAACCAGGUUUGCGUGUUUAUUUGGUCGUUAAAAUUACACAUACCCGUGACAAUCAUAUCAGAUCCGAGCCAGACCUGUGACAUUAUUUCGAAUUCUGGAUCCGAACCCUCUCGGGUAUUCGUUUACGGGUGGAUCUGUGAAGACCUCUAGUGGAAACCUAAGAAAGGCAGACAUCAGCCAUGAGUCAAAUAUGUCAAUGUGGUCUAAAUUAUUAUGCUGAUUUAAUACAUGUUAUGAUCUACAGUUAUUAAAGUUACACUGAGUCUCUAUAGCAUCCACUUGCCUUCCGGUUCAUUUUUGGUUUGUGUCUUGAAACAACAUGGAUUAAACCAUUUUCAGUGGUGUAAAGUAAAUAUGUAAAAAUACUUUGAAGUACUACUUAAGUCGUUUUUGUAUCUGUAAUUUACUAUUUGGAUUUGACAACUUUUAGUUUUACUCUGCUACAGUCCUAAAGAAAAUAUGUACUCUUUACUCCCAUACCCUUUCCCUGACACUCAGACUUACUCGUAACAUUCCCGAAUGCUUAGCAGAACAGGAAAAUUGUCAAAUUCAUGCACUUAUCAAGAGAAUGCGGGUCCUCGCUACUGCUUCUGAUUUGGUGGACUCACUAAACACAAGUGCUUCGUUUGUAAAUGAUGUCUGAGUGCUGAAGUGCCCCUGGCUAUCCAUACAUUGUUUAUAUAUAAAUAAAUAAUCUGGUUUGCUUCAUAUAAGACAUUUGAAAUUAUAGUUUUCUUUUAUAAGUAUAUUUAAUACCAAAUACUGUACUUUGAUACUUUUACUCAAUUGGUAUUUUACUCGGUGACUUAAAUUUUACUUGAGCCGUCUUAAUAAUAAUAAAUGUAAAAGUGUAACAAUUGGGUACUUUUUUCCACCACUGAACAUUUUUGCAUAAAGUUGAUGUUAGACAAGCUUUUGGAUGCGUUCGAGUUGGUCCGAAAUCUGUGCCAUUAAAAACUUAUCAUACAGUGA